CAACAAUGUCACAAGUCAUCAACCUAUCGGAACAAGAUUCAGAGCAGCUAGCUAGCUUUAUGGGGCAUACCUCGGAUAUCCACAAAAGUUGCUACAGAUUACCGAACGAUGUUUACCAAAUGGCCAAGGUUUCAAAAUUACUGCUACUUAAUGAGAAGGGACAAGCACACAAAUUCAAAGGAAAAACACUGGACGACAUCGAAAUUGAUUUGGACAUAGUAGAGGAGGAGAACUCAGACGAAGACGACGAUGAAGAAAUCGAUUUCGAAAAUCAACAUGAAACAUUGGACCAGACUGCUAAAGAUGCGAGUACUCGCAUUCAAGUCGAGAACGACGCAGUCGCCACCCACCAACAGCUUGACAUAGGGACUUCGAAAAAAACAACAAACGGGGCCGCAGUCUCAAACCUCAAUCCUUGUGCACCUAAACACUGA